CUGGAGUUGAAUUGAAUUUGUUCGGGAAAGUGUUAAGAGUGUUUUAGGACUCCCAUCAAUGGCCAAAAAGCCAUUUUUUCUUCUUUAUAUUGUUUUAGUUGUAUCCUUUCUGAUAUGCUGUCAUUGCCAUGAGGAAAGAAAGGUCCACAUUGUGUACAUGGGGGAGAAGCCCAAGGGUGGGGUUGCUGUCAAGUCAAUGCAUCACUCCAUCCUAGCAGACGUCUUCGGAAGUACUUCUGGUGCCAAAGAGUCUCUUGUGUACAGUUACGGGAGAAGCUUCAAUGGAUUUGCUGCUAGGUUGACUGACAAGGAAGCUGCAGGGAUUCAGGAGAUGGAUGGAGUGGUCUCUGUUCUUCCCAAUACCAUGCUUGAGCUUCACACCACAAAGUCAUGGGAUUUCAUGGGUCUUACAAUUGGUAGAAAUCUGCGCCGUCCUACAAAAGCAGAUGUCAUCGUUGGACUGCUAGAUACAGGAAUUUGGCCGGAGUCUGAUAGUUUCAGUGAUAAGGGCAUGGGUCCCCCGCCUGCCAAAUGGAAAGGGAUCUGUCAAGGCUCCAACUUCACUUGCAACAACAAGAUCAUCGGAGCAAGGUACUACAAUAGUGAAGGUUUAUAUACCAGCACAGACUUCAAAUCCCCGAGAGACUCUAUUGGACAUGGCACACACACUGCCUCCACUGCGGCAGGAGUACUGGUGCCCGACACUAGCUACUUUGGUCUGGCAAAUGGCACUGCAAGAGGUGGAGUACCAAAAGCAAGGGUUGCGAUGUACAAAGUGUGCUGGGCCUUUGGAUGUGGAACAGCUGAUAUCUUGGCUGCAUUUGAUGACGCCAUAGCUGAUGGAGUUGACAUACUAUCCGUCUCCCUUGGUGGACCCCCUCUUCCUUUCUUCCAUGAUGUCAUAGCCAUCGGGUCGUUCCAUGCGAUGAAGAAAGGCAUCUUAACAGCCAAUUCUGCAGGCAAUUCUGGUCCUCACCCACGAAGGGUGACUAAUGUUGCGCCUUGGACAAUCACUGUUGCCGCGAGCACCAUUGACAGGAAAUUUAUAGCCAAAGUUGCCCUUGGCAAUGGACAGAUCUUCACUGGGAACUCCAUUAAUCCAUUCCGGCUCGCGGGCACAUAUCCAUUGAUAUAUGGUGGAAGUGCUCCAAACAUCUCAGCCGGUGCAUCGGGUGAUAUCUCGAAGUACUGCUUUCGUGGUGCUUUGAAUUCCUACAAAACAGAGGGCAAGAUAGUGCUUUGUGGCACCAUUUUGGAUGGUUCUGGUGUCUUGAUGGCCGAUGGUCUUGGAGUCAUUAUGAGUUCCCCAAAGUACUCCGACUUUGCCUUCUCUUACCCAUUACCUGCAACUCUGGUCAGCGUAGAAGAUGGUAAACAAAUACUGGAUUACAUCCAGUCUACUAGCAAUCCUUUUGCAACAAUCCUGAUGGGCGAGACAAUAGAAGAUGUCAUGGCUCCAACUGUGGUCUCGUUCUCAUCUAGAGGACCCAGUUACGUCGUCCCCGACAUUCUCAAGCCGGAUCUGACCGCUCCUGGAGUGGAUAUUCUCGCUGCCUGGUCUCCGGUAGCGCCACCUUCGAUCUACCAUGAUGAUCCAUUGAGAGUGAACUAUAAUGUGAUCUCCGGCACGUCCAUGUCCUGUCCUCAUGUUAGCGGCGCUGCUGCCUACAUCAAAUCGGUACACCCCAGCUGGUCACCCGCUGCCAUCAAGUCUGCUCUCAUGACAACCGCGACGGUCAUGGAUCCUAGGAAGAACACAGAUGCCGAGUUUGCCUACGGCGCAGGCCACAUCAAACCGAUAAAGGCUCUGAAUCCAGGAUUGAUCUUUAAUGCAACCGAGAAAGAUUACGUGGACUUCCUCUGCAAGCAGGGCUACAACACAACCACUCUUAGGCUGGUCACCGGUGACAAAAGCACUUGUCCGAAGCCCACCACCAUUGGGAAGGCUUGGGACCUCAACUACCCAUCCUUUGCGCUAUCUGUGAUUGAUGGGCAGAGAAUUUGGGGGGUCUUUCCUCGGACGGUAACAAAUGUGGGAAAACCGAGCUCGACGUACAACGCCUCUUGGUCUUCAUCAUAUCCUUUGACGGUCACCAUCACCCCUUCGGUCCUUUCCUUCUCUUCCCUUGGGGAGACCAAGUCCUUUACCGUUACGGUCAGUGGUGCAGCGGUAUCGCAGCAAUUCAUUUCUGGGUACAUCGUAUGGAAGGAUGAGAUGCAUACUGUUAGGAUGCCGCUCGUGGUAUACACAACGCUUGCUCCCACCGAUGAUGAAUCAAUGGCUGCUCGUGUGCAACGAUCGUUUGAUGACUUCUCCAUGUACCGCAAGAGUGGGAUCCUAGGUGCCCAUUGACAGCAUCUCUAGCUACUAUUACUCUGCUUAAUAUCUUCUUUUACCAAUAAUAAGAUUGCUUGUGAGAGACCAGCGGGGGAUGUAGCUCAAAUGGUAGAGCGCUUAGAGGGUCCGAUACCCUGCAUCUCCAAUUUGUUCAAAAAAGAUUGCUUGUGAGAGUGCCACUGGCAACAGAGUGAAUUUAUUAAUUUGCAGUUGUUCGGUUCAAUGGAAUGUAACAACACUUACAUAAUCUCUUU